AUGGACUCUAUCUCAGUAAAAAUUCUUUAAAAGCUUUAAUUAAAAAGUAAGUAGCUAAGUAUGGUACAGUUCUAUGAUCUACCAUCUACCAAUCUAUCUAUCUACCAUCAAUGAGGUAAACGAAUGAAAAAAAAUGCCAAAAAGGCAAAUCUGGUCCCAAAAGGAAGUGUGAAGCAUCACUUUGAAGAUUAUUGUCAGAGCACGUCGAUCCAUGGCAUUAAAUACCUAGGAGAGAAAAAUAGACCACUGGGUGAAAGGCUUUGGUGGUUGCUGGUUUUCCUCGUCUGCCUCCUCGGAAACGCCUACCUUAUAGCAAAAGUCUGGAAAAAGUGGAAUGAAUCUCCAGUGAUCGUGUCGUUUGCGGAGACGACGACCCCAGUCUGGCAGGUGCCUUUUCCAGCCAUCACCAUCUGCAGUGAACAGAAGUCAAGAGCAUCGAUUUUCAACUUCACAGAAGCCUACUAUAUGGUUUUGAACACGUCUGACGACUCGGCACCGGACGAUGAUCUGGUGACAAAAACUGGAAACGUCGUCUUGCUCUGUGAUGACCACGUCUUAGUGAACACAACUAAACAAAAACAGUUCACAGACGACUCCACUAUUGAAUUUCUCAAAGAGGUUUCACCUGGAUUGAAUGAUUCUCUUCUUGUAUGCAAAUGGAAAGGAGAACUGCGUGAAGAUUGUUCUCACAUUUUAAAAGCUGUGGUCACAGAAGAAGGAAUGUGUUUCUCGUUCAACAUGCUAUCCCCGCAGGAAUUGUUUCGUGGCAAUGGAAUUCCAUAUUAUGAAGAACACGACAGAUCAGCAAAUAAUAUGUGGGCUUUGGACGGCGGUUACUUUGAAGAUGCACCAUUAGAAACUUAUCCAGAAAGGGCUUUGUUCCCCGGAAGCAAAGCUGGUAUUACCUUUGUUUUUAAAGCGGAACCAGCGGAUUCGGAUUUUUUGUGUAGAGGACCAGUAGAGGGAUUUAAAGUAUUGCUGCACAAUCCUGCUGAAAUUCCAACAAUAGGUGAGCGUUACCUAAGAGUCCCAUUAAAGCAAGAGGUCAUAGUGGCAGUUCAACCGAAAAUCAUGACGACAAGCCAUGGACUGAGAACUUAUUCACCUCACGGUCGCCAAUGCUAUUUCUUUAAUGAAAGAUAUUUGCAGUUUUUCAAAAUAUACACACAACAAAAUUGUCAACUUGAGUGCUUAACCAAUUAUACAUUGAAAGAAUGUGGCUGUGUAGCAAUACAUAUGCCGAGAAACCCAGACACUAAGAUUUGUGGAUCUGGAAGCAAAAUUUGCAUGCAAAAUGCAAGCGCUGUAUUAAGGCUUUUUGAGAUAAAAUCAUCAUACGAAGGAGAAACCGGUCAGAAAAGUUGUGACUGCUUACCUGCAUGUACUUCACUGCAAUAUGACGCUGAGACUUCCCAAGCUGACUUUAACGCCUUUGCUGUUCUAGCUGCAUACAAGGAUAAUACAAGCGAAGUAGAAAUGAUGCAGUUUGCCCGAUUGACGGUGUUUUUUAAAGAUAUGCAAUUCACAACUAGUAAGAGGAGUGAACUGUUUGGACUUGUAGAUUUUAUGGCCAAUUGUGGAGGACUUCUAGGACUUUUCUGUGGAGUCAGUUUUUUGAGCUUGGUCGAGAUCAUUUACUACAUUACUUUGCGUUUCUGGAGCAACAUGAAAACUCUAAAGCAAGAAGAAGAACAAUUAGCAAAUUCAACCGAGGAUCAUGUUCCAGACAAAUUAAAAAAAUUCAUGGAUUAAUUAUUUAAGUUAAUAAUGAAUAAUUUAAUUAAUUCUAGAUUAUCUCAUACUGUGUUCAAUUUUAUUGCUGAUCUUUUGUUCUUUUUCUUUUGCCAAUAUUUUGCAACAUCUGGUGCUUAGAAUUGUAAAAUCAAUCAAACCUGCGAUUGUAA